AUGUUUGAUGGCUGGCUCGAUUCUGAAGAGGGUGAGCAUCAGUUGGCUGAGCUUAGGGCCAAGUCUGUCGUCCCUCUCCCUCUCUUCCUUCCCUCUCCUUCUCCCAAUACAGCCACCUCAUCCUAUUGUCCCAACCCUUCUGCCGCUGAUUCAGCACUUGCAUCUGCUACCGACACCCUAGACCACAUGAGUGUGGGUCUGGUUGCCUCCGCUGCCCUGACUGACACGAAGGGCAAAAAGAUGGCCAUGGCUGUUGUUGUCAAAUUCACUCACAAACAGACGCUACCUCUUGGAUGUGUUGUCCUUCCUCUCAGCCCUGGAACAGGCCAAAUGUUGACGGUUAGGUCCCCUAUGGAGCGGAAUGGUGCCGGUAAGAUGCUUGAAGAUCCUCCAGAGUUGUUACCUGGUGGUGUACUGACCAAGGCAUUCCAGUGCUAUCAGCGACCUGGGCAUGUGUUGUGCACUAAGUGUGCCAGGGAGUCAAAGGAAUGUAGCUUUCAGCCUAGGCGAAUGACAACGGAGAAGGGGAAGGGGAAGGGGAAGGGGAAGGGGAAGGGGAAGGGGAAGGGGAAGGGGAAGUUGAAGGAACAGUCAGCGCCGAAGUCAGAUGAGAAGGAGUGCCCCUUAGAGUGUCAUAAGGUGGAGGUGGCUGUCCCUGUGCAUACGCUGUUUGCACCCAAAAACCAGUCCAGCACUUUCCAACUACUACUCAUUCCAUCCCUGCUCCCAUCCACCCUUCCUGCUCCCAUUCAGCCGCCUUCCCUGCUCCUUCUGACACAUUUCACCUCUCGCCCAUUAUUGCCCAAGGCAUUGCGUCUGAGCUUUGGUACCGUAUUGCUGUGGCUGAGGGCAGAGCUGGAGUUGCUUGAUGUGUGGGUGGGCAUGUCAACUUCCUCAGAUAUUGUCUUGGUCAAGGACUUGUCGGAGGCCGAGGAUUCGGGAAUGUUGGAAUGA